CUCACUCAGUCAGUCAGACGACGUAGCUGUGCUAAGCAACCACGCCUCUUCAGUUACUCACGCAUCAAACAUGGCGACGUGCAGGAAGAUGGGGCGAAGCAGGAGGAACAUUUCGGCUCUUUUUCUGGUCAUUUUCCUCCAAGUGUUGGCCAGGGGUUGCCUGUCACUUCCGAUAAAUACCGCGGCACAGGACAAAGAUCAGGGAGAAGACACACCUCAAAGUCUCACUCUCACUACUGUGAUUCAGGACACAAGUGACACUCAGCCUUCGACACCUGAAGAAAGUCAUGAUGUUCCAGAGCCUAAUAACCCUGAAACACCCGCUGGGAAAGACUCCACUCCAACAAAAGCAGAUGCUCCUAUAGAAAAUCCUACCACAGCCAUUCAAACAAUGACGCAAGCGAAUGAAGAAAUGCAUUCAGAUAAAAUCAUUAACAUCGAUGAGAAGCCAGUACCUGUUGCCGACGCGGACAAAACUCCAGUUGAUGCUAAUGCAGAUAAUUCAGAUAAUUCAGAUAAUGCAGAUAAAGACCACCCAGUGGAAGCUGAGACAACAGGAGAGCCUGUUGCUUCUGAAACCACUUUAGCCUCUACUCCAGAAGCACCCUUCACCUCUGUCAAAGCCCCUGAACCAGCCAAAAAUGAUGAAGUGGGAGAGUCCGAAGUACCCAUCUCUGACUCCAAACCCUCCGACACACUGAUCCCGUCCACAGAGCAGGACAUUGACCCAGAGCUGAUGUCAACUACUGACAAAGGACCAGCACAUAAUCUUGAUCCGGAUGGUUACACAGACGAUGGCGAUGAAGACGAGGAUGACGAGGAUGAUGGUACCUAUGUGGACAGCGAGGACGCUGACGCUUUGGACAACGGAUACGAGAGCAAUGAUGUCGGCAAAGACCAGCCUGUGAACAGGCUGCAGCAGCCAGACGGGCUGGAGCUGAACCAUUUCAAGGGAGCAGACAGCUACACCACAGAGGAUGAGGACUCCCACUUCUUCUUUCAUCUGGUCAUCCUGGCUUUCCUGGUGGCAAUCGUCUACAUCACCUACCACAACAAGAGGAAGAUCUUCCUCUUGGCUCAGAGCCGACGCUGGAAAGACGGUCUGUGUUCCCGGAACACCGUGGAGUAUCACCGCCUGGACCAAAAUGUCAACGAGGCCAUGCCGUCCCUCAAGAUGACCCGAGACUACAUCUUUUGAUCCACGUUAAGAAGAAACAAAAUGUCCAGACCUGCACAGAGCCAUUUGGCCUUGCUGCCUGGCCGGUCGCAUUGUUGAGACGCUGUGCUUUGUCAUGGAGCUUGAUUGUUGCUUUCUCCUGCUUUGCAGGCCAACUGGAGAGCAGAGGGUGUUUUGUCUUUGGGAUAGAAUUAUGUUUUCUUCAGGAUGUCAUUGCUGUCUGCAUAGAGAGAUUUUUACUGUGUAUCUGUUAUUCUUAUUUGAUAUGCUAUUUGAAUUUUAUUUGUCCUUUUUUCUAAAUUAAUAACUUCUUGGGAUUUAAUAUGUUUUGUUUUAUUAUAUCUUCUCUUUCUUGGGAGUGUUUCAGCCUUAUGUCCCCUCUACACCUUUUUUUUUUUUUGCCUUUUGCGUAUGGUCUUAAUAUGUUCAAUAGUCACCUUGAGAAUAGGAAGAAUCACAUGUUAAUGUAACUUAGGUCAGAAUAUAAUGCUAAAUUAUAACAGUUGAUUAUUAACCCCAAGAUUAACAACAGACAUUCUCUCAGCAGUUAGCCAAGAUAUGAAGUGACACACAAAGCAGCUGCAUUUAAAGCACUUGUUGUGUCAUGUGUACUUUUGUAUUGUAAAGUGUAAGUAUGCAAAAUAGCAGCAAUCUAGGAGAAGCUGAUUCAAGCUCAUUCCAAAACCUGUCCACCGCUCAUGUUGAAAUGGUCUCACUUUUUGCUGUAUUGAAACACUAAUGCUAGCUGCAUUUCUGCACUUUCCUCUCUGACAGCGAGUUGACACAUGUAACGCUGUAGUGCCCACAUAUCCCCAGCUCCUCCAGAAGUAAAUCAGCAUAGGCCCUUUCCACAUGUACACAGGUAUUUCUAAAAACAAAGCUUUUUUCUAUGCAUUUUGGGUGAAUCGCAUUUUAGGUUGCUGAAAAUGAGUCAAAGCCAUUCAGCAACACUGUUUUCAGUUUUAUGUCUGGAUGGGUAGAAAAUGAUGCAGGCACACACAUUCAUCAGUGUAUGUCGCAUCAUUGGUAAAUGUAAUGUCAGAAUAUUUGAGUUUGUACAGGGACACAAUGGAUAAUAUAUUGUUUAAUGUCAUAUUUAGAAAGACACAAACGAACAUUGAUAAUACAAGAAUACAAUAAUUGAUGAAAACUGCUGCUUGCAGUUUUUUGCUGACAAAUCAUCCAAAGAUUCUUUGAAGAGCAGUUACAUUGCCCGGCACAAACAUGCAUGGUGUAUGUGAAUGGCCAUGGGAAGUGUAAUAGUAUGGACGGAGAUUAUUUCUGAGCAUUCUGAAUGUCAGAAUUCUGUUCUUGACAGAAUUAAAAAUAUAUAUGUAUUUUUAACCCUGAAAAAAAUACCUGUGUACAUGUGGACAAGGCUUCCCAGGCUUUUGUUCUUAGCACACGGCACAGAAGCCUAAAAAAUAUUACAAAUCCAAAAAUGUUACGCCCUCAAACAUGGUACUGAACAUCAAUAAUUUUCAAAGUAGUGAAUGAAAUUAGAAAUUUCAAUAUUGUGACAGCACUAAAAGACUUGACUCAAGUGAUUGUGUCAUAUAAAAUUAAUCAGACUGUUCUUUUACCUAACAAAGGAAGAAAUCCCACUUUGAAAGAAAUUAAAAAAUGUAGUUAAAGUUUUUCAUACUUACAUUUUCUGUGAUACUUUUGCAGAUACUGCAUAACAGCCAUCUUAUGUUACAUUAUGUAAGGGAUGUAAAAUCUCUAUUACAUGUUGGGAAAUGAAGCUACACAUUGAGCAUUAAGUCAGGGAGGGUGACUCCUCUUCAGGUGAGUUGCUGUUCACAUGCUAAAGCCAUUUAAAUGAAGACAGAUCCUGUAUAUUGAUGAGGUUAGAAUGUACUUAUAGAAAGUAUGAGAGAAACUUUUAUUGCCAGACUUUUUCCUCGUUCAUCAGUUUAUAUUUGUCUAAUGGUACCUGUUUACUUCUACUGCCCAGAUUUUGCUAUGCAGAAAUCCUGGGGCUGGCCCUCUUUGUUUUAUGACUUCGGUGAAGUCUCUAUCAAUCAGUUCUGGUCCUCAUCCUAACGGCUGUGUUGCCACAUGCUCACACAGAACUUUUGAUUUUUAUCAGAGUACAGUUUGAUGGACUGGUGUCUCUGUUUAUCAGAAAUGUUUGCAUGCUCUGUGUGGCCCGAUGUUCGCAUGAGCACCAAAAAACCAGAGCAGAUCACAUUGUUUUUGUGUCACUCGUUCUUGUGACUCUUGACUUUUCAUCACAGCUCCGUGUUGUUUUUCUGUCCGUCUGUCACCGUCUCAUGCCUUCAAUUGAAAUGCCAUUACUAACACAUGUCCACAUAUUAUCACCCUCUUGUCGCCUUCAGCCAGUUGUUUUCAGCUGUCUUGUCUUUAUACAAUGCACACAUCGGGUAGAUAGAUAAGAUGAUUUGCACUGUGCAGUUCGGUCAUACUAGCUUGAAUAAGAGGGGAGUAGUCCUGUGUUAAGGUGAUGGAUCAACACUGCUCUUGCAAUCAACAGUAGAAGCUGUACAAUCUCUUUUUUUGUCAAUAAAGCACAAAUUGUGUACAGAGUC